UAAGGGAAAAUUCACACGUUGGCAGAAUAGCAACAGCCAAUCGACUUGCAACUUUUCUGUAAGAGCAGACGUUGCGCGUACUUCUUGUGAAUGAAUUCAAGAGAAUCCGAGCCAAUACGAGCCCGAGCCAUGAUACCAUAUAGCCAUAUACCAUACUCCAGAUUCUCUAGAAAUCUAGUAUGGCCGGUAUGGCGUUUAUUGUGAGAGCAGCUGCUUGAAUUAUUUGAAAAUACGACUCACGUGGAGUCUAGCCAGAACUACUCUCUCAAUCUCAACUCUCAACUAGUUGUUGGUUGUUGGCCGUAUGAGUAGACUUUCUCUCCACCCGGUGCCAUUCUAUUUCAAAGAAGAAGAAGAAAAUACGACUCUCUUUCUCCCUCUCUCUCUCUCUCCGUGAUUGGUGGUCAACCAGUGCAGUGGAGCCAGUGGAGGAAAGAGUGAAAGAGGAAGCAUCGCUGAUCGCGCUAACCGCUCCGCUCCGCUCGUAAUUGUCGGAUCCCAAGUCGGGCUAUUUUAUCAUCUUCAUCAUCAUCAUCAUUGUUGUAAUUUGUAAUCAUGACGGACCGAACGGAGCUGAGAAUGAACGUGGCCGCUUUGAAACGAGUUGACCCCUAUGUGAAGGAUAUAUUGGAGACUGCGACUCACGUCGCUCUGUAUACGUUCAACGCGGAUGAAAAUGAAUGGGAAAAGACCGACAUUGAGGGAGCUUUGUUCUUGUACUCGAGAAACGGCGAGCCGUACAACAGUAUUCUCAUAAUGAACAGUGGUUUACUUGAGAGAUUUGCAAAUUAUUUUGAUCCAAGUUUAGUAUCUCAUCUAUUGAAUACAAACAAUCUAGUGGAACCAGUUGCUCCAGGUUUAGAUUUGCAACUACAGGAACCAUUUUUGCUAUACAGAAAUUCUAGAUGCAAUAUCUAUGGUAUUUGGUUUUAUGAAAAAGAAGAGUGCGUACGCAUUGCAAACAUGUUAAAUAAACUUCUGAAAGAAUGUGAAGAGAACCGUAAAAUCAGUAACAAGCCGUUACUUAAGGCUAAAAAGACCUCGGGACCUAACGUAAACAAUGUGGAUAUAUUCAGUAUGCUUAGCAAGGCGCAAGAGGACUUUAACACGAGCAGAGGUAGUAGCGGUGGUGGAUGCGACAGUGGUAACAGGGUAACGGGAUUGAAAUCUCCGUCAGUUAUGCCUAUGAUCGAUAAUAUUUCGGGACCUCUAGCUGCUCCCUUAGGACCUGACGUCACCUCGCAAAGCGUUAUGGACUUCUUUGCUAAAGCCAAGGUGAAUACCGGACAUUUCAAAGCAGGCGACCAACCUACUCCAGGAAGUACGGUUGCGGUCGAGAGUAAACCUUUACUCGCACGUUUAAUGUCUCAUCCAGCGGCGCAUACUUUAGAACAUAUUGAGAAACAACAAAGAUCUGUAACGCCGCAACCGUCUCACCAGUCGCACGCGACAACGAUUCCAUCCGCAAACAAGUCUAAAAGACGAAACAAAGCGACUCCACAGCAGGACGCGGCGCCAAUUUCUCAAGAUUUGCCGCUACCUGUCACUCAGAACAUCAAUGAUUCAAAUGGGUCGAUUGGAUUUCUCAGGAUACAGUCGCCGACCACGGUAACGUCUUCUACUUUAAGAAAUCAUCAAGCUUCAAACGUUACCAAUUCCAAUAACGCCAACCCACUUGCAUCAUUACUUGCUCAUGCCUCUGGAAGUACGUCAUCGGACGAUAUUAUCCCGGCGGCACCUACGUUGUCAGGAAGAGGCUCGGCGCCGGCGUUAAUACCACCUGUGAUGUUCGCCGCUCCCAGCCCACCUGAACCCGUUAGAACCCGACCGUUGGAACCGCUAACGAAGACUCAGCUUUUACAAGCGUUCACUUACUUGUUGAAAAGCGACCCGGAUUUCAUCCAAAAAAUUCACGAGGCCUACGUCAAAUCGUUGGGAGAAAUACUUUCUUAAAUUCACUCAAUAUUAUUGUACUAAUUACAAAAAUACCCGUCAUAUGGGUUAUGACUGAUGAAAGGAUUAAGCUAAAUCUCGAUAUUCCUACUUGAUGUGCAUGUACAUACAUAAACGAUAUGUAAUGCCCGCUAUUCAAUUGAGAAGAUGAGACCCGGUUCUUUUAAAGAAAAAGAAAAAUUUUCUUUUUUGGCCGAAGAUUAGAAAACAGAUAUAAGAUAAUGGAAUGGGAUACAAUAUAAUAUACAAUAAUAUAAUACCUUGAGCAGUAUUUUUAUAAAGUAAUGCACUUUCUUUCGGGACAAAGUAAAGAGGAGAGUAGCAGAUAGUCAUAACCAGAUAUGGUAUGAAUGGAAAAAUUUGUGAACAUAUUGAAUGCUAUACAUAAUAGAAUUGAACGGUUUUUAAACUGUGAUGCCAAAACGUUUAUAUUACAAUAUAUGCGCGUUUUAUGAUUGAAAUUUCAAUGCAACAUGAAAUUGUUUUUUGAGCUGGCCAAACGGAAUACCUAUUUUAUAGAGUAAUGACGUAUCCUUCCUAUAUACCGGAUACCGAUAUGGUAUGUGUAUGUUGUCGAUGAAAAUGAACAAGUAAAUACAGACGCAAUGAACAAAAAUGCAGACGCAAUAAACAUAAAUACAGACGCAGUGAAAAGACAUUUAAUAUAUAUUACUCAAAGUC